GGCGGCGCGGGAGCGGAGGAGGCCGGAGCCAACGGCCGCCGCAGCGGAACCGGAGCCGGCGGCCCCCGGCGGGCCCGGGCCAUGGAGAGCCCCGUCAGCAGCGGCUCCCUGCGGGGAGAGAUCAGCUUCUGGGCUGACCGAACACCAGUGCACGAGGCAGCCAGGAGGGGCGAGAUCCUGCAGCUGCAGCAGCUGAUAGAGAGCGGAGCCUGUGUCAACGCCGUCACCUACGACUCUAUCACCCCGCUGCACGAGGCCAGCCUGCGAGGCCAGACCCAGUGUGUCAAGCUCCUGCUGGCUGCAGGGGCCCAGGUGGAUGCCAGGAACAUCGACGGCAGCACUCCGCUCUGCGACGCCUGUGCCUCGGGUAGCAUCGAGUGUGUCAAAGUGCUGCUGUCCCAUGGUGCCAAGGUGAACCCUCCCCUCUACACAGCUUCUCCUCUCCACGAAGCCUGCAUGAAUGGUAGCUCCGAGUGCGUGCAGCUCCUCAUCGACGUCGGGGCGAACUUGGAGGCUCAUGACUGCCAUUUUGGGACUCCACUGCACGUGGCCUGUGCCAGGGAACAUCUGGACUGUGCAAAGUUGCUGCUCAAGGCAGGGGCAAAUGUGAAUGCUGCUAAACUUCAUGAGACAGCCCUCCACCAUGCAGCAAAAGUGAAAAAUGUCGAUCUGGUGGAGAUGCUGAUUGAAUUUGGAGGAAACAUUUACGCCAGGGACAACCGAGGAAAGAAGCCGUCGGAUUACACCUGGAGCAGCAGUCCCACAGCAAAGUGCUUUGAGUACUAUGAAAAAACACCUCUGAGUUUGUCCCAGCUCUGCAGAGUGACGGUGAGGAAGGCCGCAGGGCAGCGAGCACUGGAGAAGAUUGCCAAGCUCAACAUGCCCCCACGACUGAUCCAGUACCUCUCCUACAACUGACAGGGAUGAAGGUGGCUUUGGCUCCUGCCCUAUGAAGUAUCUGUCCCUUUCUCUUCUACCUCCCCCCUACCUCUACCUUAAAUUAAUUUAAGCUAAUGUUAAUGUAAGCAGCCUGGUGUAAAUAGUUUGUUCGUGAGGCAGCACUUCCUCUUCCCCACAGGCUCUCGAGACAGUGUCGUCGUCACGAAGCUGUCGUGGCUCCUGGGGUGAGCUCUUUGACUGUCACUGUGCUCAAGGCAAGGCUGUAGCCCUUGCUCUCUGAGCAGGAUUAAUCUUGCCUGAUUUUACCUGUCUCUAGCUGUAAGGCAUCUGCGUUAUCUAGCCAAGUUUCCUUUGCAGUCAGUGAAGAGAAAUAGAUACUUCUGGAGGUGUGAUUCAUCUGGCCUGUUUUUAGAUGACACAUUGUGCCUCGGGAGGGCUUGCCUCCACUGGCUGCCAAGGGAUUUGGAUACCCUCAGAUACAGACAUUCAUGUCUUUGCAGUGGGAGAUCCCACCCCUGUGUUAAUAAUUCAAGUGGCCACUGCCUAAUGCCAAGGGACGAAGCUUGAGAGACCUGCCUGCUCUAGCUGGAGGCAGAUAAAGUCUCCAGCAAGCUCAGGACUAAUUAGAGGCACUGCAGCAUGAACAUCAGCUGGCUUUGGCUCAACACCAAGCAGUGAGGACAAGCUGCUGCCAGGUCAGGGUUGACUUUGCUUAUGCUCCUUCCUUGCUGAAAGUGAGCCAGCUCUUACUGUAGGAGGUAUCACUGUGUCCCAUUUACAAGGCCAAGCAGGAAGCAGGUCUCUCUGCACGACCAAGGAUGCUUCUCUCCAGAUGGCUGGUCCCAGACACUCUUUUUCCACUUUCUCUGAGCCACUGUGGCCACUCUUGGUUUUAUGUGCAAUAAGUGGCAGAGCUGCUGCCCAGUGAUGUAGCACAUCGAGGCCAUGUCCCUUGUGUCAUGGUCCAGCAGAUCCCUCUGGUGUGAACCCACACAUGAAAGGCAAUAGGAGGCCUUGGGCUCUGCCUCAGGUUUCGAGAUUUUUGGUUUUGUUUUUCCCACUCUUGAGGUUCUCUCUCAGUGCUGGAGCCUCUCCAGAGGUUGGCAGCUGGAGCCAGCCCUAAGUUGUGUGCUGCUGAGUACUGUGCUUAAAUCUUUAGGCUUCAGCAGGUACAAUUGUGGCUUUGUCCUUUUGUCACAUUCAGGGUGACAUUUGGAUGAGCAGAGCCAAAAUUAUCAUCUGCCAUCCCGAUGAGACAUUAGGUGUUGUCUGAAGGCAGUGACCUACAGCAUUAGGUGGUUCUGAGGGGACAGAGCUCCUUGAUGCCCCCAUGGCAACUCGUAGCACCAUGGUAAGAAUAAAUUCCUCCUCUGCAUGACAGCAAAUGUUCCAGAAUCCACUGCCUGAUGUGACAUCAAGCUAACUCAGGGCUCUCAACCAUCCUUCAUGCUAUGAACUAAUAGUUGAGGAUGAGCAGUUACUCGCCUGCAAGACCUCGUGCCCUCCAGCCGGCACCAUGGAGCUCAGCCUCAGCAGGAAGGGGGAAAAUAGCUUAAGGCCAGGGCUGAAGAGCUGAGGUGGAACUGAAUGCACUUUAAUGGUGACCAGCAAAUCACUUUGCUCUCUAAUUUUUAGUUGGAUUUGUGCCCCACAGGCCCCUUUGUGGUGGUUUUUCUUUUGCUGCGCCGUAUCCUGUAGAGCUGGAGAGAAUAAAGCUGGCGGUCCUGCUCUUUGCAGCUUGUCUGUUUAUAAUGCUGAUCUUUGUCUUUGGAGUAUCAGAAAUGUGAAGUAACCAAGAAGCUCAGGGAAGCCCUGAAGAUGUUUGUUGUGGGUUUCAUCCCAGUGAUGGACAGGAUAAUGGGUUUGUAUUGUGUCUUUCUAGAAGAGCUUCCCCUGCCUAACAUGCAUGUCCACACAGAUAAAUAGGUGUUAGGAAGGUGAUGAUCUGGGGUGAAAUCCAUCUCUCUUGCUUCAAAUCCCUUGGUAGGUCACUGUUUUAACCUUGCCUAAGUCCCAAGUUUCCAACAUUAAAGGAUUUCUGAAGCAGCCAAGAAUAAACUGACACGUUCCUGUUCCUGUCAUCUUUAUUUUGUUCCUCUCUUUUAAGUCCCCUUUCUGGUAAAUCCCAAAGCUUGCUGAUUUUUUUGAAGAGGUCCUACAGACCAAUGC